AUGUCUCUUGGUGUUAUCAAAAGCUAUCCCGAGAAUCCAAACGUGUACAAAGUUCAAAUCGCGGCCGCGUAUAGUGGUGUCAAGGUCGACUUUCAAUCGUUUGAUAUUAUGAAAGAACGUGAUGAAGCCUUUUGGCAACGUUUCCCUUUUGGCAAGGUUCCUGUAUUUGAAGGCAAAGAGGCCAAUCUAUUCGAGUCAAGUGCUAUUACACUCUAUGUCCUCGCACAGCAAAAGGAUUCACCUCUUUUGGGCAAGACACCACUUGAACAAGCUGAAAUCCAGCAAUGGGUCCUCUUUUCCGAGAAUGAAAUCAGUCAGCAUGUGUCUGGAUGGGUUGCACCCCUUCUCGGUUACGCUCAAUACAUCAAGCCCAAUGUCGAGAGUUCCAUCCAAAAGCUUCAGCGAUCUUUGAGUGCUUUGAACAAGAGUCUGGAAUCCAAGACCUAUCUUGUCGGAGAAGAUGUCACUUAUGCCGACAUUGUGAUGGUGUGUUCACUCGUGAGACCUUUCAAUUUGCUUUGUGACAAGGAAUUCCGUGCCCCCUACAAGAACGUCAUUCGCUACUUUAACACGCUCGUCAACAAGCCUCACUUUAAGUCCGUCAUUGGUGACUUCAAGUAUUGUGAAAAGGCACUCAAGAAUGUACCUCCCAAGCAAGACAACAAGAAGGAAGAAAAGCCAAAGAAGAAGGCCGCAGCUCCUCCUCCUCCUCCUGCUGAUGAUACUCCCAAACCUACUCCCAAACCAAAGUCUGCUUUGGAUCUUUUGCCCAAGAGCAGCUUCGUCCUUGAUGACUGGAAACGCACGUAUAGUAACAAUGAUACCGAUGUUGCCAUGAAAUGGUUCUGGGAACACUUUGAUCCUCAAGGAUGGUCCAUUUGGAAGGCCACUUACAAGUACAAUGACGAAUUGACACUUGUCUUCAUGUCCAACAAUUUGAUUGGUGGUUUCUUUGCUCGUCUUGAACGUGCUCGCAAGUAUGCCUUUGCUUCCAUGGUCGUCACGGGUACCAACAACAACAAUGCCAUCUCGGGUUACUUUAUCAUUCGUGGUCAAGAAGUGCCUUACGAGAUUUACGAUGCCGCUGAUUAUGAUUCGUACGAGUUUGUCAAGGUCGAACCUUCCCAGUAUGAGGAGAAAAAGGAUGAGAUUUACAAGUACAUGGCUUGGGAGGUCGAUGGCUUUGCUGACGGCAAGAUCUUCAAGUAA